GAAGCCCUUUUCCGCUGAAUUAUCAACAUGGCUUUGAUACUGCCAGAGAAGUUUCAGCACAUUCUUCGUAUCCUCAACACAAAUAUUGAUGGACGAAGGAAAAUUAUGUUCGCUAUGACUGCCAUCAAGGGUAUCGGUAGACGAUAUGCUAAUGUUGUCUGCAAGAAAGCUGAUGUAGAUAUCACAAAAAGGGCAGGGGAACUCUCAGAAGAAGAGAUUGACAAAAUUGUCACAAUUAUGCAGAACCCUCGUCAGUACAAGAUUCCUGACUGGUUCCUUAACAGGCAGAAAGACAUUAAGGAUGGUAAAUUCAGCCAGGUCAUGUCCAACACACUGGACAACAAACUCCGUGAGGAUCUGGAGCGACUAAAGAAGAUCCGAGCACACAGAGGUCUCCGUCACUACUGGGGUCUAAGAGUGAGAGGACAGCACACAAAGACCACAGGAAGAAGAGGAAGAACUGUCGGUGUGGCCAAGAAGAAGUAAACUGUGUAAAUGAGGGAGGAAAAGUAAAAAAAAAGUGUAUCAAAA